AUGUCACAAGCCUUAUCCCCCUCCUCUCUGUCACGAAAACCUGUCGACGGCGGGGGUCGCAACAUGUCCAAUGAAGAAAACAAGUACAGAUUCACAGACGAAGACGACACCACGCCCAACCCAUCCACUCGCAACACCAUGAAUCUAGACCCGGGCGUUGACAGCUUGGAGAUGGACCCGCAAGUGAAAUUGGAGAAUUACGACUGGGCGGAGUUGGAAGACCAGUUCUCGAAACGCAUGGAGGCGUUUCGCGCGGAGGAGGAUGGCAUCUGGGAGGAAUGGAAAGGGUGGGGAGAGGUUUUCAAGGCGUGGGCGAGCACGAUAAGCGUGCAUGAUGAGGAACGGGCGGCGAAGAGGUUGAGAACCAGGAUAGCCUUUACGCAGGGCAGCGAAGAGAGUUUGGAGGCGAAGAGGCAGCACUAUAUCAAGGUUGUGCAGGCUUUCGAGAGUGCGCUGCAACUGCUGGGGAGUCGAAAUUCGGCCCACAAUUUCAUAUGA